GCAGCCAAGUGUGUAUCCACUGCACCACCAGGGCCCCCAAGAAACAGCAUACAAUAAUUUAAAUCAAGAAUAAUUUUCUUAAAAAAAAAAUACAUUACUCAAUUUUUAGCAACACUGGCUUGGAUAUUCAUUGUCCUCUACCCCCUUACAGUUUAGACUUAGCAAAUAAAGAUCUAUUGUAAAGCUAAAGGCAUAUCCAGUUGUGUAGACACAGAUGGUGCCCCAGCUGUAAUGACCCAUUGCUUUAUUGAUCUCUGCUAUUUGUUUUCAGCUUACAGGAACUCCAUCUGGGCCCUUAAAACAAAACCUUUUGUCUCCUUGACAAAUUAUUCCCAAUUCCAAAAAGAAUAAUGUUAAUAAAUAAGAUAUAACCACCAAGAAUAUAUUAAAGGACCAGGCAGCUGCUGAACCCCCAGACUUUUCUUGCUCAUAGAGAGAAUGUUCUUCAAAGGGAAAACCUGGAUUUGGUUAUAUAUCAGAACAAGUAUCAUUCUAGGAAGUGGAUUAAAUAGCCCAGAGCAACAUGGAAAAAAUAAUUGUUAUCAGCUUAACGGGUUUGAAUGCAGCUUUAAGGAAGCAGAAAAUUACUGUCGUGCCCGGAGAGGAUACCUUGCUUACACUUGGAACCAGAAGGUUCAAGAUCUCGUCCAGGACUUUUUGGAAGAAGGGAGGAAGUGGUGGAUUGGGCAAAAAUUAAUACUACUGAGAAAACAACGAAACAACCCAGCUACGGCUCUGAGGCUUACAGAUGUUGUGGCCCACCAUGCCUCAAAACCCAUCAACUGCACCUGCAUGUCCAGAAACUCUAGUUUGAUCUCAUCAGAAAGGGACUUCUGCUUUGUGAGGCAUUAUUUCAUUUGCCAGGCUGAUGCCUUUUCAGACCUAAAUGCCAGUCACGUAAGAAAUGGAGGUAAUUCUCAUUUACCACAGAGACCCAAGAAGACAAAAAGAGAAGUUGCAACGCUAAGAAACAAAGUGACCUCAGGUAAGAUCUUACUCCUAUACCAAUUCAAAAGAGCUACUCAUCAUUCACACCCAUGUCACCAAACUGCUGAUGUAAAUCUUUCCAAGACCCUGUGCUAUCGCAUCAGCCCAUUUUCUUCAGUAGUACCAAAAAUCACACAGCAGAUGAUAUCAGUCACGUCUGUUCCUACCAGCCAGCCUCCUUCUGUGAUACCAGAGCUCACCAGGCCUCUAUCUGUAACAUGUGCUAAAAAAGCUCUGGAAGAAAUAACUUCAAGCCCAAAGGAGGACUCACAUUUAGAUGUCUCCACCACUCAUCUGCAAGCAUCAUUUCAAAAUGCAUCUGACCAGGUCAUAGAUGAAAUAGUGGGGACCUUUAGCAGAGCAAUUCAUGGUUUACAAACUCACAACGAAUUGCAGAAAGCUUGUGAGGUCCUCCAGAAGCUGACAGCCUUCCUCCCAAGAAUCUCUAAGCCAGCUAAGACCAGUGUCAUUGAUUCCCUUGUCUAUCUGAGUGAGCAGUUACAGAAGAUCCCAUUUCAUAACAACAGCUAUCUGCACUUGAAAGUUCCUGUGACCAUCUGCCUCUUUUACUCCCUCAACAACAUAAUGAAAGCUCGUGAAGCAAGUUGGCAGAGAUCCAAGGAUGAUGUUGAGUGGGUAGACAACAUGCUGGAAAGGUCUUUGCUGGCACUUGGGAAGAUCCAGGAAGCAUUUCUACAGCAGAGUUUGAUUUCUGAGUCUUCAGUGACCUUGACCUCUUCUGUUGCUACUCUAAUGCUGAGCAGCCAAAACAUAUCAACUUUUCCUCUGAGCUAUUAUACUCUGGGAGACCCAGCACCUGUGAGGUUAGGCUUUCCAUCAGCCUCGGCUUUGGAGGAGCUCUUGAAUGAACAUCUAGGAGUUAAUGUCCAAGUGAGUGUGAAAUUGAUUCUAAUCAGAAUAAAAAUGAGAUUUGGUGACCAUAUAGGCAUUUACAUAAACGGAAUGCUCCAUGAAAUAAUUCUCCAGAUCAUGCUCUGGAGAAAUACUAGCAUGGAAACCCAUCCCACCAGUCUCAACAUGAGCAGAGACCAUUUUACGAUCACAGUGAACAUCACUUCCCUGGAGACAUCCCUGAUAGUGUGCAUAGAGCCUGAAAGUCGUCUUUUAAUCACACUCUACCUGGGCUUCCAGUAUCAGCCUAACCGCACUCACUUCCACCUGAGCAUCACCCUUCCAAAGGUGUGGCAGAAAGAUGAGGAAUAUACAUGGGUGCUGACUCCAGAGAGUCUGCAAUAUGGGAUCGGCACCUACUACCUAACAGCUGUGUUGAAUAAAAGCAAGGGUGCUCAGCAGAUGCCCACCCUGCUCUCAAUCAUAAUUGCUGCCACUCAGUGUUAUUUCUGGGACAGCCACAACAGGACAUGGAGGAGCAAUGGAUGCCAAGUUGGACGGCAGAGCACAGUUUUGAGGACACAAUGUCUCUGUAACCACUUGACCUGCUUUACAAGUGACUUCUUCAUUGUGCCUAGGACAGUGAAUAUUGAAGACACAAUCAAGCUGUUUCUUCAUGUGACCAACAACCCUGUUGGGGUGUCAUUGCUGGCCAGCAUUUUAGGAUUCUAUAUGAUCAUAGUUGUGUGGGCUUGGAGAAAAGAUCAAGCUGAUAUGCAGAAGGUGAAGGUCACCGUCCUGGUUGAUAAUGACCCCAGCUCUCAAUUUUACUACCUUAUUCAGGUCUAUUCUGGAUAUCAGAGAAGGGCUGCUACAACAGCCAAGGUUGUUAUCACCCUGUAUGGAUCAGAGGGAUCGAGUGAGCCCCAUCACCUUUGUGACUCCCAAAAGGCAGUCUUUGAACAAGGGGGACUGGAUGUCUUCUUCCUCACCACUGAGUCCUCUUUAGGAGAACUGCAUAGCCUUCGGCUCUGGCAUGAUUAUUCUGGCAUCAGCCCUUCUUGGCUCCAGCCCAGCUUCAAGCAACACCUGUUUUCCUCCGUGAUUGUAGAAAAGUUCACACAAGAUCAUCUGUGGCUCUCAGUUGCAACUCGACAUCCCUGAAGCCCGUUCACAAGAGUCCAGUGGCUCACUUGCUGUAUGACCCUGCUUCUCUGCAACUUGGUCGUCAGUGUCACGUUUUGGAAGAUAAAUGGCACCACUGCCAAGAGAGACGAGCAAGUGGGUCCAUUUGCUGUGACCUGGUCUGAACUGCUUAUCAGCAUCCAAACGGCUGUCAUCCUUUUUCCAGUCAAUCUUGUAACUGGGCGACUCUUCUCGCUGAUUCAACCACAGGAGCCUCUGCCUCUCUUUCGCCGUAUCCAGGCCCCCUACCCCUCAGAUACUUCCUUUGAGCCUCUCUCUCACAGAAACUGACUUUUCUCAUCUUGGUUCUACAUUCAGGAAUUAAAGGAAACUGUGGGAUUCCUGCUCAGGAGAAGUGCAUACCUACUUUCAGAGUGUGAACAAUUGUCAUGGAGUUCUUACAACAUUAACAAGCUGGUGACACUUUUGUCCAGCCUCAAAUUUUAUUCUCACUUAGAGGUCCAAGGCAGUCAUCAGCAGGCAGGAUCCAUUUGGGCAAAUGUGGUUCCUGAAAACCACCAUCAUUUUUGCUAUUACCUGCUCAGAGUUCUGCAGAGGCUACAAUCUCAGUUAGGCAUACUGGGUACCACCAAGGUUCAUCAGCCUUGUGACUUCCUCGAUGCAGUCAGCCAACUGCAAAAACUCCAGGAAAUCUUGGAAACACACAUUCUUUCCAUGGAGCAAGGGCCAUCCAGGGAGGCUACCAGUUUCCCCCUCCUGAUCUCAGAAGAAGGGAAGAAGCACCUCUCUAAUGGCCUGCCCAGAUGGUUGGCUUAUCUCUGCUGGCUCCUUCUGGGCACUAGUCUGGCCUCAGCCUUUUUUACAGCACUUUAUAGCCUGGAAUUGAGCAAAGAUCAAGCCACCAGCUGGGUUAUUUCGUUGGCAUUAUCGGUGCUCCAAAAUACCUUCAUCAGCCAGCCAGUAAAGGUACUGGUCUUCUUCACAUUCUUAUUCUCACUGAUGCUGAACAGGAUGCCGUGGCUUAACAAAGAGAAGGAACAACAAAUGAAGAGAAUCUUGGCACUCUUGGCAAAAUGUUCUUCAUCAUUACCUGGUAUAAGAGAUAAGCACAACCCCAUCUAUGUAGCUCCUGCUAUGAACAGUCCAAUUAGGCCUCCAGAAAGAACUUUGAAAGAGAAGAAACUCUUCAAACUGACUGGAGAUAUUUUGGUACAAAUCCUCUUCCUAAUCUUAUUGAUGACUACACACCUGCUGACUGGCCUUUCUCCCUCUGUUCAGUUUAACUUGCUGUUUGGAUAGAACAUCUCUGACGACAGAACUUUUUUCAGCUCCAUAGUGACUGUUGUUAAAAGUCUCCUGAUGGGAAUCUCUCAUCACAAGGAGGUUAUUGCUUUAGACCCAGUCCUAGGGUCCUUGAUGAUCCUCACCAGUGUUAUCUUGAUGGUACUUGUGAUCAUUAACCUUUUUGUUUCUGCCAUUCUAAUGGCCUUUGGUAAAGAAAGGAAGUCUCUUAAGGUAGCAAGAAGCUGCACUGAUACGCUGCUACAAAAGCUCUCAAGUUUGUUAGGAAUCCAGCAGCACCAGAACACAUUCUCAUCUGAGCAAGCCACCAUGACAGCACUGUGCACUGGCACUGAGGUUUCAGAUGACGGCCUCUCUUAAUACUGCUAUCUCCCAUCUGAGCUUAUUACUGCUGCUUAUUCUUAGCACGUUAAUGCUUAUCUUUGUAUGGUACAGCUUAGAAAAUUAUAGAUGUAUGUAAUAUGUUUUGUUCUUAAUUCUGUAAGUCAGGAAUUAAAAUCACCUUGGCUCCGAGUUCCUAUGCCUACGGAUCCUGGCAGUAGCCAGGACAGAGCUAACACUGCAAGAAUGAUACAGGAGACACCAGCUCUGUUGCCAAGCAGCAAGUAACAGAACACUCCUCACCCAAGUUCCAGGAUGGCUGUGGGAAGUGGAGGAUUCAGAAAAGAAGUGAGCUCACUGCAGCUUAUCAAAAUAAAGAUACAAGCGUUAGGUUUGGCUGAUGGGGAGCCCUGUCACACAGAGCAGUAACCAAGGAAACUCUCAGAUAUGAUCUGGGCUUAAAUAGAGG